AUGAAAUGUAUUAGAAUUGUCUGCAUCUGGGAGCACUAUGGAGCAGGUUUCAAGAUGGAGAAGAAAUUGUUACAUGUGUCUGCUAAUAGAAGAUGGAAUUUCCUUCAUAGAAAUGACACCAAACUUAAACUGAGCGGGACAGCAACAUGCUGGCACCAGACCUCCGAGUCUAAGGGCAGUGGAGAUGCUGGAGCACUAACUGAAACCAGGAUGAGAGCGGUGGUGACAGGAGGCGGAGGCUAUUUCGGAUUCAAGCUGGGAUGUGCUCUUGCUAGCUCAGGAGCUUCUGUUGUCCUGUAUGACACAAACAAGCCUAUUUGGGAAAUUCCCAAUGGAGUGGUGUGUAUCCAGGCAGAUGUCAGGGAUUAUGAUGCCAUUUUUGCAGCCUGUGAAGGGGCUGACUGUGUCUUUCAUGUAGCUUCCUAUGGGAUGUCAGGAAGAGAGCAACUUCACAGAAAAGAGAUCGAAACUGUAAACAUUGAUGGAACAAAAUUCAUCAUUGAUGCCUGCAAACAAAGGAACAUCCCUAGAUUGAUAUAUACAAGUACAGUAAAUGUGGUGUUUGGAGGACUUUCUAUUGAAGAUGGUGAUGAGGAAACUGUGCCAUAUUUUCCCAUAGAAAAGCAUGUUGAUCAUUAUUCCAGAACUAAAUCAAUUGCAGAACAAAUGGUACUAGCAGCUAAUGGAACUCCACUAGCAGGAGGCGGUGUAUUCUAUACGUGUGUUCUUCGCCCACCAGGGAUCUAUGGACCAGAAGAGCAAAGACACCUGCCACGGCUAGCAAAGAAUAUUGAGAGAGGGCUCCUUAGCUUCAAGUUUGGGGAUCCUUCUGCUAAGAUGAACUGGGUGCACGUGGAGAACCUUGUACAAGCCCAAGUGCUAGCGGCUGGUGCGCUCACUCCUGAAAAGAACUACAUAGCUAGUGGUCAGGUAUAUUUCAUUAAUGAUGGUGAAAAAUUCAACCUUUAUGAAUGGUUAACUCCCCUAUUUGAAAGAUUAGGUUGCAGUAAACCAUGGAUACGUAUUCCUACCUCCUUAGUUUAUGCAUCAGCACUAAUAAUGGAGUAUCUGCAUCUGAUGCUGAAACCAUUUGUUGAGUUGUCGCCUCUGCUGACCAGAAAUGAGGUGCAGAACAUUUCCACCACCCACACGUUUCGCAUCGACAAGGCACGGCACCAGCUGGGCUACAAGCCAGGGAAGUUUGCAUUUGCUGAUUCUGUGGAACACUACCUUAAAUCGAGACCAGAAGCCCCAAACCAUCACGCCUUCCUCAAAGUUUUGCUUUCUCUAAUGGUUACUUUAAGUUUGAUCUUUCUUUCUGUAAGAUUUGAGGGCCUUUCGGUUUUGCAGUUUUUCACAGAAACACACCACUGA